AUGAACCUGGCUUAUUUAUGCAUUUGUAUUCUGAUGAUACUCCUUGUUGGAAUUGCCGAACCAGUGAGAGAUCUAAACUCUUUAACUAAUCUAAAGGAAUUCUUUCGAGAAGUUCAAAGAAGAGCUCGUGAGAAGGCUGGAAGGACACAGCCAACAAGAGAAUUCCUCGGAUUCGCAAACGAUGGGUCAAGUUUCCGUAACCCACUCUCUACUGGAGGUGGAUUCAGAACCGGACGAUCCAUCAUUUGGAAAACUUCUGAGCUCCCUUCAAUUCGUGGAAUCGACAGAAGAUUCAGAGAAGAAUUAGUGAACACUGAAUUCCGAACCGGUCGAGCAAUUGAUCCAAGACUUUAUGAUCUCCCAUCUACCCGAGCACCAAAUCAACCUGCUCAAAACAAUAACUUAAGAAACGACAAUUCAUCCGAAGACCCUCUCACUGAUGGUAAUUGGUUCGAAAUGCUCGUUGCUCUUUCUUCUCUUCCUCAUAAUUAA